UGGAAGAAAGCGCAGCGGCUGGCUGCGUCUUUAUCCCAGCAGACCCCUCCCCCCCUCCCUCGCCUCUCUCUCUCUCUCUCUCUCUCUCUCUCUCUCUCUCUCUCUCUGUCUGCCAGCUGAUGCUGACUCUCGUCAUCCCGGGGAAAAACCUGGACGGACUGACGGUGGUUUUGGGGAUUUUUGACACAGACUAUAGCAUUUACUACUUGGGUUACUGAGGGAAACUGUGAAUUUAAAGAAGACCCAAAGCCCGAAGCAGGGAGAGGAAAGCGGACAGAAAGCAAGCAGCCAGGGCACUGUGAAAAAGGCAGGGGGGGGGGGGGAGAACAACAACUUCCAGCCCCCGGCGUGUGUGUCCUCGGAACGGUCUGCAGGGAGCUGUUUGCCACCACAAAAGGUGGGUGUAAGGAUCUGGGUCGCAGAUGGAGUUCCCUGAUGACUUCCUGUUGGCCGAGCUCGGCCACCUGCAGCUCUACAACGACUCGCUCUUCCACAACAACUUCAGCGACACCUACAACGGCACAGACACCCUGCUGCCCACGGGGGUGAAGGUCACCAUCGUGGUCGUCUACAUGAUUGUCUGCGUCAUCGGCCUGGUGGGCAACUUCCUGGUCAUGUAUGUCAUCAUUCGAUACACCAAGAUGAAGACGGCAACCAACAUCUACAUCUUCAACCUGGCUCUGGCUGACUCUCUGUUCCUGGCUACUCUACCGUUCCAGGGCACCGACGUGUUCCUGGGCUUCUGGCCGUUCGGUAACGCUCUGUGCAAGGCGGUGGUGUCUAUCGACUACUACAACAUGUUCACCAGCACCUUCACGCUGACGGUGAUGAGCAUGGACAGGUACGUGGCCGUCUGCCACCCUGUCAAAGCGCUGGACAUGAGGACUCCUCACAAGGCCAAGGUGGUGAAUAUCUGUGUGUGGGUGUUGGCCUCGGCCUUUGGUGUCCCCGCCAUGGUCCUGGGAAAUGUGGAGGAGGAACAAGAGCAUAACAGCGUUGAGUGCAUCGUGGUUUUACCUGAACCAAGGGAUAACUGGGAUCCUGUCUUCGGCACCUGUGUCUUCCUCUUCUCCUUCCUCAUCCCCGUGGCGAUCAUCAGCAUCUGCUACAGCCUGAUGGUGAAGCGCCUGCGCAACGUUCGCAUCCUCUCUGGCUCGAAGGAAAAAGACCGCAACCUGCGUCGCAUCACUAGGAUGGUCCUGGUUGUGGUGGCAGCAUUUGUCGUCUGUUGGACCCCCAUCCAGAUCAUGGUCCUGGCUCAGUCACUCGGCUUCAACCUGAGCAGCUUGUUCACGGUGGUCCUGAUGCACUUCUGCAUCGCGCUGGGCUACGUCAACAGCAGCUUGAAUCCUGUCCUCUACGCCUUCCUGGAUGAGAAUUUCAAACGCUGCUUCCGCGAGUUCUGCAACCCUUCGCCAUUCCACCACGACACCCAGCAGUCGGGCAGGAUGAGGAGCAUUGCUAGGGAGGUGGCAGCGGCUUACAGCUGCAAGGCUGAUGGUGGGGGGCAUGGAGGAGGGACUCCUAAUCCAGCAUGACUAGGCGUGGAGCUCCCCUUGGUUGGGGUAGAUCCCCAAACGAGGAGAGAGAACCAGGGGACGGGGAACUCCAACACAGAAUUGACUCAGAUUACAGCUCUCUAGCGGCACGAGCCCCUCCGCCCCCCAACUAGAAGACUUGCCUGGGGUGGGGGGGAGGGAGAUGAGGAGGACGGAGUUGAAAGGAAAAGAAUUUAAGAAAAUUGCUAACAAGUUCAUUGGUAAAAGGGAAAUGGGAUAGGCUGAAAGAUUGGGUGCAAAGGGUGGACAUCUUGGUAGGGGAGGGUUCCAGAUAUGAGAGUAGCUCAAACCAUUAUGGAUCAUGGAUUUUAGAAUGACUACGGCCCGGAUUCCACUGAGAUGGUAAGUUGUUUGGGAUGUGAGACUUGCUCAAUGAUUCAACUAUCUUUCCAUGGUGAGGUGACAGCAUUAUUUGGGUAUGAGAAGACAAGGGUGGGGAUGGACAUUUAGAGAGCAUAUAAACAGUACGAAUAAUGCAAGGAGUGCAGAUACCAAAAUCCCCAUUUACUACUUUGGUACUUGUAGAAAGACUAUUUCCAACAUUGGAAGCACGGAUUGUGGCUGUCUUGCCGUAAGGACCACAGACUGGCGACCUGCCAGGGAAGACUACAGCCUCCUGGAAGUGUUAAAUAUAGAAUAAACAUGUUCACUACAGUGUAUUGUAUCUUUAUCAGUAGAUGUUUCGGACUCAAGAACUUUACGUCAUGAGUGUGUCCCACAGUGAUCCCAGUAUGGGGUCUUAAAAUGGGUCUACCUACUUGUAAUAUGCUGCUGGGCCCUUAUAAGGCAUUAAAUGGGUACACAAAGUAUAAUGUGAUAUUUCAGCCUGUAGACAGGAAGUUGGAUGUAAUACGUGCAAACAACAGCUGGCUUAGAG